AUGAGCAAACGAAACAGACAAGAUUUUGAAAAUCAUCAAUUAAUUAGUUCGGAUGAAAUAUUCACUAACAAUAAUAAUAAUAAUAUUAUGGAAGAGAAAGUAAAAAAGCAUGUGAAACUCGAACAAGAAACAUUUUCAGAUGAUAUUUGUUUUGAAAUAAUUUGCAUGAUUGAUGAUUCGUGGUUUAUUUUAAAUAAUUGUACUUUAAUUUCAAAACAAUUCUUUAAUGUGAUCAAGGAACGUUCAAAACUUGUUAUUCAAUUUAAAAAAAAAUUUACAGAGAAACGAGUUGAAUUAUUCAUGAAAAGUCAAUUUAUGAAUAGUAUUGUUAAUCUUAAAUUUUUGGGAUAUUUGCUUGGAGGCAUAGAAAAACUCAAAUUUAUCAGUGAAAUGAAACAAUUAAUAUCACUCGAUAUUAGUUACAAUCGAAUUGAUGGUGAAGGAGCAAAAUUGAUAAGUGAAAUGAAACAAUUAACAUCACUUAAUAUUAAUGGCAAUGUAAUUGGUGGUGAAGGAGCAAAAUUCAUCAGUGGAAUGAAACAAUUAACAUCACUUUAUAUAUAUAAUAAUAGAAUUGGUGGUGAAGGAGCAAAAUACAUUAGUGAAAUGAAACAAUUAAUAUCACUUGAUAUUGGUGGAAAUCAAAUUGGUGAUGAAGAAGUAAAAUUGAUAAGUGAAAUGAAACAAUUAACAUCACUUAAUAUUGCUAACAAUGUAAUUGGUGAUGCAGGAGCUAAAUUCAUAGGUGAUAUGAAACAAUUAACAUCACUUAAUAUUUCUUACAAUGUAAUUGGUGAUGAAGGAGCAAAAUACAUCAAUGAAAUGAAGCAGUUAACAUCACUUAAUAUUACUCGCAAUGAAAUUGGUAAUGCAGGAGCUAAAUUCAUUAGUGAAAUGAAACAAUUGACAUCACUUGAUAUUGCUGGCAAUCGAAUUGGUGGUGAAGGAGCAAAAUUCAUAAGUGAAAUGAAACAAUUAAUAUCACUAAGAAAAUAA